UUUAAUAUAAAUCUAGUUAUGACGACAACAAAAACAAGGAAUAUGAUACACUGAUUGCAUUAGUCAUUUUGACAUGUCAGAAUGCAAAGUGUUGUGACAAUCAAAAAACAGUAGACAUUUAAAAAAUAUAAUCAAGCAAGAUAUGAGAGUUACUAUAAAUCCAGCUGACAGUUUUUACUGUUUUCCACCAAAGGAAGAAAAAAUGAAAACUGAAUCCCAGUGAAAAAUGCUGCCACUGAGCUCUAUGGUUCGUUAUGAAUAAGCAGCACAUUGUGACUGGAAAAGACACUACAGUUAAGAUUUCAAAUGUAGUUUUUGAAUGCCUUCAGCAUCAUAAACUGAAUGUCUCUCACCAUCUCCAAUGUAUUAAGGUGGUGUCAGAAAUAUAAACAGUAUUCACAUUAUCUCAAAAUGUUUUUAAUAAAACCAAGAAAAUGUAUUUAUAAACCAUAUUAAUACUAUUAAGGGUAAGUUUGAACACAUUUUUCAAUGCCAUAGUGUUAACUGGUCCUAUACAAUACAAUAACAAGAAUAUGAAGCUUGUUCAUUGAAGAACAGGAAAGCUGGUCUUUGCCAGAAUUUGAAGCCAGACAGAAAAAAGCAUCCAGAGGAAGCAGAUUUAAAAAAAGAAAAAAGUUUGUAUCUUGGGAAGAGUCAUAAAAGUCUCAUUAUAAACUGCUCAAAAUCAUAGGAAUAAGGAAUAUUUAUGUUCUUUAUUAAAUGUUAACUAUAAAACUAGCAUAGUUAUAUACCCCAGAUAAUACAGUGACAUGAUCAAUCCAUUGCCAAAAGCAGAGGUAAAAACACUGUGAGGAGUGUCUUUGCUUCAGUUACUUCUCACCAUGUGAUUCUUCUUAAGGAACAAAAAAACACUGACACUAUACGUGGCAGUGAACAUGUGAUCAAUAUUGCCUGGUUGGCCAAUCAAACACAAUCUUGUCUCUGAGGAGUGGAAAAUGUAUCAAAGUGCUUUUCAUUCAACACAGCAAUUUCAACAUGGUGACAUCUCCAGCGUUUGCUUUCUGCCUAACAUGUUUGUUCUUGGGAAAAAUGGCUCAGACGACUAAUAUGAUGCAGUCCACAACUGUGCAUCAAGCGGGUGGUUUUAUGUCAGCUACUGUUGGUGACAACCUGACUUUGCAAUGUUUCUAUGAAAGUGAUGCUGCAAAGUAUUAUUGGUAUAAGCAAACAGUGGGACAGAAGCCAAAGCUCAUCUCUAUGACCUAUAAGUUCGAUAAACAUGGCACUUUUCAUGAUGAAUUCAAGGACAAUCCACGCUUCACGUUGGAAACUAACGUUGGUAAAAAUCACUUAAAGAUUUCCAAUUUACACCUCUCAGACUCAGCUACUUAUUACUGCGCAAGUGGUUAUUCAUUUAUGUUAGAAUUUGCAGAGGGAACUAUUGUCAAUGUAAAGGAUUCAGGUUUGAACAUCCAAGCUUCAGUCCAUCAGUCGGCAUCUGAGAGCAUCCAGCCAGGAGGCUCUGUGACUCUGAACUGUACAGUACACACUGGGACCUGUGAUGAUGGAGAACACAGUGUUUACUGGUUCAAAAACUCCCAAGAAUCUCAUCCAGGAGUCAUUUACACACAUGGAGGCAGGAAUGAUCAGUGUGAGAGGAACAAUAACACACAAACACACACCUGUGUCUACAACUUGCCAAUGAAGAGUCUGGAUCUUUCUCAUGCUGGGACCUACUACUGCGCUGUCGCCUCAUGUGGACAGAUACUGUUUGGAAACAGGACCACGUUGGACUUUGAGUAUGAGGAGGUCUCUUUUGACUUGGUAUAUUUCUUGAGUGGAGCUUUGGCGACCACUGUCUUCCUGUGUGUUUUACUGACAAUCUUGGCACAUAAGAUGGGCAAAAGAAACUGCCAGUGUACAGAGUCUCAAGCAAGAUUUUCAGUUCCCUCCACAGUUGCAGAGGGUUACCAAGACGCAGACAACCUCCAUUAUGCUGCUUUAAGUGUAAAUGUGGCAAACAGAUCAAGAAGACAGAAGAGCAACACCAAGAAUGAAUGUGUGUACUCCAGCGUAAAGCAGUAGAACUGUACAUGUUUCAUUUGUACUUUGUGAGUAAAAUUGGAUUUUAUUAGUGUCUCUUUCGAGGUGUAAUGCAGCCAAAUUAAUCUCUCUACACACUGGGAACCCUCUACUCUCUCUUUGUUUCUCUCUUGU